AUGCAUUUUCACUUCAUCUGGCUCGUUCUCCUUGCCACUCUGGAGCAUGCAACGGGACAGAGCUCUAUCGGCCUUUGCAAGCCUGCCGCGUCUUCUUGUGCAGCCCUGCCUCAGGCUUCUGCGGAAAUCUGCUCGGACCUCAUUGCUUCGAAAUCACUCUCUACAACGCUCUGCUUCGUUCCCGCCGCAAGCGAAGCGGUUACGGUUACCAAGCCUGUCGUGAUCCGGGAAACAGAAACCAUCACGGCAACUACUACAACUGAUGUUACCACUACUACCUAUUCAAAGAGCAGAACUAAGACGCUUCCUACCAUCACGGCGCUGUAUACCACAAAGGUUGUCUUCCGGACUGACACCAAGGUGCUGUACACUACGCUCCCCAAACCUCGAACGUAUCUUUCUACAGUUAUUGUUACUACUACUCUACCAGCCACAAAGACGCGCAGCACUACCUCCACAUGGGCACAGCAGUCCUGCGAUGCUGGAAACAACAAGCUGAAGCUUAGGAGAGGCCAGCUGGGUGAAAGAGCCGCGCUCCCCCGUGACUGCUACUGCUAUUUGACAAGCACCUCAACCAGUGCCAUGACAAAAUCCACAACCUUUGUCGAAAGGCCCACGGUUAACAUGUCUUAUACGAAGUUCGCUGGCAGCAAGGUCCCAACUGUCACUAAGCGCAUUACUGUCAAAGAAACUACUACCAUCUCCACGACCAUUGGUGCAGUCACUGAUAUUUCCACCACCAUCACCAAGACCAGACUCUCCAAGAGCACAGCAACAUCCAUUUCUACCCGAUUCUCCAUCUCAUCUGUUACAGUCCCCUGGACAAAGACCGCCACAACAAGAACCAUCCCCGUCUCCACCGUCCAGGUCAACCCGUGCGGGCCUACAGAUUACGGCCGGAUCGAAAUCGGCGUUCCUGACUCCCCGGAGCUCAUGGAGAGCAACGAAGUGUCCCUUCCUGGUAGCACCAAUAUCAACAAGGACUGCUGUAAUGCCUGCUACAAGACUCUCGGCUGCGUCUAUUGGGCUCGCAGUAACACUGAUGGAACGUGCCUCAACUUCCAGGCCACUGACUCGGCUGGAUGCUCUACCUCUCAGUGUCCCAACGGGUUCCCUGAAUUUGGUGUUUCUGACACUGACGAUGGUUACAGCUACUUUGCCGGACCUUGUGGAAGUGGCUUGACGUGA